CCAUUUCAAAGGGACGCCACAAAUACGAACUCCUGCCCAAUCGUCUCUUAGUGACUAGUGAUCGAACUAAUCCUCGCUGGAUUGCGUGAUCUACUUCUAUCAGACCAGAGAACAAAAGAUAAAAAUGAUCAGAACACCUAUUCUAAUUCUUCUGGUUGCAGCGACAGCAACGCAUGCUGCAUUCAAUUGCCCAAGCAAAGAUGGCCAAUACGAGGAUUCGAAACAAUGUGACAAAUUCUAUGAUUGUUCGGACGGCGUUGCAACGGAGAAACUUUGUCCAGAUGGACUCGUUUUCGAUCCUCUGAAUCGGAAAAUCAACAAAUGCGAUCAUGUAUUCAACGUGGACUGUGGAGAUCGUCUCGAACUACAACCACCACAACCGACGAAGAAGUGUCCACGACGAAAUGGGUUCUUCGCUCAUCCGGAUCCAUCCGUCUGUAACAUCUUCUACAAUUGCAUCGAUGGGGACGCCAUCGAGAUAACGUGCACCACUGGAUUGCACUUCGACGAGUACAGUGGAACAUGCGUUUGGCCUGACAGCGCUGGACGCGAAGGUUGCGGCGCAGUAGACAAGAAGUUGAAAGACGGUUUCGAGUGUCCAAAGGAGAGCCAGGUCGAUACUAGAGGAAUGGUUGUCGAUCAUCCUAAAUUCUCUCAUCCAGACGACUGUCAGAAAUUCUAUGUCUGCCUCAAUGGCGUAACCCCGCGUGAACAAGGCUGCAGCGAUGGCACUGUUUAUAACGAGGAGCAACAACGAUGUGAUGCGCCCGAAAAUGUUCCCGGAUGUGAGGAUUGGUACAAGGAUGAUGACAAAAAGCCAUGAAAGGUCCUUGAAACUUAUAUGUCCCGCAUCGGGAUCCUGACAUCAUCUCGAAAUCACAUCAUCCUCGUUUAGUAUGCAAUCAUGUGUGUGUUUAGAUAUUUGA